UAAAAGGGCGCCAUGCCCCCUCCCUUGGGCAACUCCAGUUCUUGACCCGCAGUGUCUACGUCUCUAGCUUCUCGCGUUACAUUUUGCAGUUUUAUUAGGGCUAUUUGCUUACCCGCCAGCAACAAUAGACAAGAUCCACCACCACAGAAGACACGAUGUCACCUCAGCAAGAGGUCGAACAUGGGAAGCAUGCACAAGAUGAACAGAUCGAGUCUGUUGGAAUUGUGCCUACUCAGACCCAGGAACGUCCGGUUGAGCCCAGACUGGACAAAGCCCUGGAGCUUGUUGUAGAAGCAGGCCACUCUACUGUCUUGACCCCCGAGAACAAUGCUCGAGUACUGAAGAAGAUUGACAUGCGACUUUUGCCUAUACUUCUGGGGAUCUACUUUCUGCAGCAGCUCGACAAGUCCACCCUCUCCUAUGCCUCGGUCUUUGGUCUUGUGGAGAAGGCUCAUCUCCAUGGCCAGAUGUAUUCCUGGCUAGGGGCUGUGGUCUACCUGGUGCAGCUCGUCGCUCAGCCGUUUGUGGCUUACAUCCUCGUCAAGGUGCCAUUGGGAAAGUUUUUGGCGGUCACAACCUUUCUCUGGGGUGUGUCGCUGACGUGCAUGACCCCGGCGAACAAUUUCGCAGGGCUGUUGGUGUGCCGCAUGUUCUUGGGGCUCUUUGAAGCUGGUGUUCCUCCGGCCUUUAUCGCCAUCACUCAGAUGUGGUAUCGACGUAUCGAACAGCCUGUGCGACUUGGUUCAUGGUAUGCUAUGAAUGGCGUGGUCUACAUGUUCGGAAGUUUAAUAACUUAUGGACUCGGCCAUAUCAGCUCGUCGGUGUUCGAACCGUAUCAGAUCAUCUUCCUGUUCUUCGGCCUUCUCACGAUCGUGUUCUCGGCGUUUAUCUUCUACUUCAUGCCCGAUUCUCCCGUGCAGUCGACAUUUCUAGGCGAAGAAGACAAGCUGUUGGCUAUCGAGCGAAUCCGCAGAAACCAUCAAGGGCUUGAGACUCAUGUUUGGAAGUGGGAGCAUGUCAAGGAGGCUUGCCUUGAUCUCAAGUCUUACUUUUGGUUUGCUUUUACCUUCUCAAUCUCGAUUCCUAGCGGGGGGAUUUCGACUUUCGGACCAUUAAUCAUUGAAGCUUUUGGGUUCAAUCAAUUUCAAACCAUCCUGUUCAACAUCCCCUUUGGUGCGGUUCAACUCGUGGCAACCAUGGGCGGAGCCUGGUUGGCCACUGUUCUCAAGAUGAAAGGACCAGUAAUUGCGCUGCUUUGCUUGCCUGCUAUUGCAGGCUGCGUGAUGUUGCUGCUCAUUCCACACGAUGGCCAACACAAUGGAGCCCUACUCGCAGGAUAUUAUAUCGUAUCUGUUUAUCCCGGAAUCACACCUCUCAUCUACUCCUGGUCUGCAGCUAAUACCGCCGGGGAGACCAAGAAGAAGAUUGUGAAUGGAAUAGUCCUUGUGGGCCAAUGCGCCGGCAAUGUCCUUGGCUCAAACUUAUACACGACCACCGACGCACCGUUAUAUAGACGGGGCUUGCGAUCGAAUCUCGCGAUGUUCUGCGUUCUGGUCCUGCUGUGCAUAUUGAAUACGGCGUACCUCUCCUUCCUCAACAAGAAGCACGAGCAGCAGCGAGUAUCCAUGGGCAAGAGUGCCAAGAUCAUCGACCACUCCAUGCAGGCUGUCGGGGUGGUUGAGGGAGAUAAAACGGACGAACCCGUGCAGCCUGCUGUGACCGAAGACAAUGCGUUCAAGGACCUGACGGACUGGAAGAACGAGGACUUUGUGUAUGUGUACUAGCGCGAAGCGGAAUGAUGUUUGGACGGCGUGCGG